AUGGCUGGUCGAGUCGAGAACGUUGAACCGUCGGAUCUGGGACACUACUGCGGCGCGCAGAGGGAGGCCGCGCGACCGCAGCUGCUAUCUUCAGGCGCUUAUCAGGCCUCGUCGCCGCUCCCCUCGUUGCUGCGCUGCCACGUCAGUCACGCUUCCUCCGCCCUCCCCAUCCCGCCGCGGACCACGUCAGCAACGGGGGCGGCCAAUGAGGGCGAUCCACGUGGCGGCGGGCGCAAGAAACUGCUCCCGUGUCUCUCCGCCCCGCCCCUGUACAUAUCCUCCUUUUUCUAUAAGAACGUCGUAACGCCUCUGCGCUCCGCCCGCUCUCCCUCCGCCCACUCCCCCUCCGCCCACUCUCCCUCCGCCCGCUCUCCCGGUUCCCCGCCCUCCCCCGGACCUCCGACUUUCCGCCGCGCCUCCUCCGCCUGCUCUUCCGCUUCUUCCGCCAACCGCAAGCAGGGGAAUCCUUCCCGCCUGCCCCCUCUACUUCCCGCCUCCCCGCGACACCCUUCCGCCUCUUCCCCGCCGUCGUCCCCGUUCCUUCCCCGCUCCCCCUCCUUCCUCCCCAGAUCCUCGUCACUCUCCUCCGCUUCCUCCUUCCCCUCCUCUUCCUCCCUCUCCUCACCCUCCCUUUCCUCCCCCUCAUCUCUCCCCCCUUCCCCCGCGCUCACAUCCCCGCUCUCUACCCGUCCGCGGACGUCGUCCGGCAAGACUGCCGGUGGAACAACCAGCGCCGGCAAAGUGGAGGCGCGCGCCCUGCGCUCAGGAAUCCCGGCGGCUAGCCGGCGGUCGCGUCGGCAACCGGCUGACGACGAGGAGGAAUAUUUUUAUUUUCUGCCAGAUGUUGAGGACGAUUGGGAGGAGGAGGAGGCGGUGCAGAGGCACCGGCGGGAGGGGCAGCGGUGGCGGGGGGACAUCGGCGGAGAGGCGCAGGGGAAGCGCGCGGAUGCGGAGCGGGGGGAGCUGGGGGGAAGCCCCGGCAAGGCAGUUUCAGGGUGGCUUCCCCCCUCCCAGGCUCACGUGCGGAGGCAGGUGGCGCAGUGGAGUGUGAAGGCGUUGAUAGCGGUGAAAGACAACAUGGCGCUGUCUCUGCCGCCGGAGUCGCUCAUUCUAGUUGUCUCGUGCCUCGUGGGCGUGCUGACUGGCUCGUCCGUGGUGCUAUUUAAUGAUACGGUGCACAUCAUAAGAGACACUUUGUUCCAGAACGUGCCUCACGAGGAGGGCUCCGCGUGGCUGAGGGACCAACCGGUGGGUGACGUGUGGCACCUCUUCCUGGUGCCGCUGGCGGGCGGCAUUGCUGUUGGCAUUCUCAACUCGCUCAGGUCUGGGCUCAAGGAUACGGCUCCCACCCGCACGCAGCAGCAGCAGCGCCAGCAGCAGCGCCAGCAGCAGGAGGUGGAGGGAACAGAGCAGCAGAAAAAGCCCUUCAAGCAACCACCCUUCUCCCUGCCGUUCCUCACCCCGGACGACCUUGCCGAGCUUAACAGCAAGGCUCGGGCCGUGGCUCGGCCGGUCCUGAAAGCCUUGGCAGCCGCAGUCACGCUCGGCACGGGAAACAGCCUCGGUCCGGAAGGCCCGAGCGUGGAAAUCGGGUCUAGCAUCGGGAAGGCCACAGGGAGCAUCGUCAGAGGAAGCCGCGAACGCACAAUCGCACUCGUAGCAGCGGGGUCUGCUGCGGGUAUAGCAUCGGGGUUCAAUGCUGCUGUUGCCGGGUGUUUCUUUGCGUUAGAGUCCGUCCUCCGAUCCUCCACACAAGGCUCCCCUGCAAGCCUCACCACGGCUAUGAUCCUCCUGUCUUCUGUUCUCGCCGCGGUGGUGUCCCAGGCUGGUUUGGGCGCCGAUCCAUCCAUCCACGUCCCCUUAUACGAGCUCCGAUCGCCAGCGGAGCUCCCUCUCUAUCUCCUCCUGGGGCUUUGCUGUGGAGGGGUGUCGAUCUCGCUCACCCGCUCGGCGGCGUUCUUCUCGUCGGUGUUUGAUGGGUUGGAGGCAAACACGGCCGUGCCGCCCGUGCUGCUGCCGGCGAUCGGAGGGCUGGGGAUCGGAGUGAUCUCGCUGGUGUAUCCCGAGGUGCUCUACUGGGGGUUCCAGAACGUGAACGACCUCAUCACGUCACACCCCCUCGUGGCCUCCCCUGCGCCGGGGUUCCUGCUGCAGCUAGUGGUUGUAAAGGUCCUCGCCACGGCAUUCUGUCGCGGAUCGCGCCUCGUGGGCGGCUUCUACGCGCCCUCACUCUUUAUCGGGGCGGCGCUCGGGGCGGCGUACGGGCGGCUGGCGAGUGACGUGCUGGCGUUCAUUGACCCGGACCUAACCCUCACAUGGAUCCAAGUGGCCGCCCCCCAGGCUUAUGCUAUGGUGGGCAUGGCAGCGACGCUAGCAGGAGUGUGCCAAGUUCCCUUAACAUCCGUGCUGCUGCUAUUCGAGCUCACUCGCGAUUACCGCAUCAUCCUGCCGCUCAUGGCAGCAGCUUCGGCGUUCAUGCCGGAGCUAGAUCUAGCUGCGGAAGUGGCUGCCGAAGCUGCUGGGGUGGCCGCCGAAGCUGCAGCCACGGCUGCCGAGGCUGCUGUGGAAGCAGCAGCAGAAGCAGCCGAAGCUGAUAACGCUGGUCUUGCCACAACAGAUGGUGAUUCCGCCCUUCCUCCCGCUACUCCUCCUGCCAAUCCGCUCGUGCCAGCUGUCAUACUAGACGUGGCAGGUGGGGCGGGAGGAGGAGGGCUUUCUCCAGGUGGAUUAUCAGGUGGUUCAGCAGCAGCCAUUGCGGAGUCAAACGCGACUGUGAUUGAGCAGCUCUUAGAGGAGCUGCCAGUGGCAGUGGCGAUGAACACGUCCUUUGCAGCAGUGGGAGUAAGAGCCAUGGUGCGGGAUGCUGUGGCUUCCAUGGUCGCGCACAGGCAGUGGUGCUGCUUGGUGCUGCAGGAUGGGGGGUACCUGCAUGGGCUGCUGACGCUGGUGGAUGUUCAAGAGGAGGCGGAGAGGCAGCUUUCGGCUGGAGGUGCUGCUGCUGACGUGGAGGCUCUUCCUGUGAUUGCCAUCUGUCACCAGCAUCCUGAUUCCGAAGCGUUCCUACGCUUGCCUUCAGAAUCAAAUCUUUCGCCGGAUGCCAACGGCGACCCUUCGUCCUUGUCCUCAUCUGGCAUUGCCGCCCGGAGCCGGCCAUCCGAGGCCAUCGAGGUGACCUUCCCCGAUACCACGCUGCGGGCGGCGCGCGACCGAAUGACGGCUCGCGGGCUUCGGCAGCUUCCUGUUGUGCUGCGAGAGGAGAUGGUGGUGAGGAGGGAGAGGGUGGGGAGUGAUGCUUCUGGGAGUGGCAGCAGCAGCGGAAGUGAUAGUGAGGGGGGGAGUAGUGGUUACAGCAGCAGCAGCAGCCGUGGGAGUGGGAGUGAGAGUGAGCGUGGGAGUGGGAGUGAGAAUGAGAGGGAGUACCGAAGAGGAAGUGAAGGGGAGAAUGGAUGGAGGGGUGUGAGGGGAAGUGGAGGCGGGAGCAGUGGGAGUGAGAUUGAGGAGGGGAACACCGAUGGCGAGAGUGAUUCGGAUGGAGAUGACGUCAGCAACGACGAUGAUGACGUGGCACCUGUCGUGCGUCUUCGGGUGCUGGGGUUGGUGGAUCGAGACGACAUCUCGCUUGCCUGCAGGGCGGAAGCCACUCGUCGGCUGCUCUCAGCCCUCCCUCGGGAUUUCCGUUCCUCUGGUGGUGGCAGUGGGAGUGCGGGCAUGCAGCAGACACAGCUGGACAGCUCUCUCUUCCCUGCUGCUUGA